CCAUGACCUGCUGUGAAGGAUGGACGUCUUGCAAUGGAUUCAGUCUGCUGGUUCUGCUUCUGCUGGGAGUAGUUCUCAAUGCAAUACCCCUAAUAAUCAGCGUUGUUGAUGAGGACCAACAGUCCCCUAACAUCAUCUCUUGCUUUGAGUGGUGGUUCCCAGGAAUUAUAGGAGCAGGUGUGAUGGUCAUUCCAGCAACAAUAAUGUCCUUGGCAGCAAGAAAAAGAGCAUGCUGCAACAACAGGACCGGGAUGUUUCUUUCAUCCCUUUUGAAUGUAAUCACAAUCAUUGGUGCUGUGUAUUGCAUGUUGGUAUCUAUCCGUGCUCUCUCUGAAGGACCUCUCAUUUGUAACUCUCUAGACAAGCGUACUGUCAGUUGUGAAUUUUCACUGAAAAACUUAAGCGACAUUCAUGCAGAAUCCUUCAAUCUGCAGUGGUUUUUCAAUGACUCUUGUAUACCUCCAGCUGUUACCAGUAACUCCAUCAAUACCACCACGGCCAAUGACUGGAGAAAAUAUAGCUUGAGCUUCAGUUCUGAAGAAAACACACAGAGGAUCAUCUACCUCUCAGUAUUUGUAGGUCUAUUAAUUGUUGGUAUUCUUGAACUCCUGUCUGGACUCAGUCAGAUAGUCAUUGGUUUCCUUGGCUGUCUGUGUGGUGUCUCUAAGCGGAGGAGUCGAAUUGUGUAGUUGAAUGGUAAUAAAAUGGAAAUAUCAAUAGUUUGAAUCAUUUGAGAAUUACAUUUAAAAUAAAAAUACACUCGUUUAGAAGAACAGGGAAACAUUAUCUAAAAAAAAAUUUGUCA